CACGGCCUGCGGCUGAGGAGUUUAAGGAGACAGUGCCAUAAAAGGUAGAGACCAGACUUGAGGGUUUGGAAUCUCAGCGCCAACACUUAACUCUUUGGCUUUAUGACCCCAGCAAGAGCUCAGCGUCCCUUCCCCCUCCCCCACCAUCUUUAAAUGUGCAAAUACUUCACUGGGCGGCUGAGAGAAUGAAAUGGGGAAUGCCUGGUACCUGGCAGGAACACAAGCAGAUCUCACGAUGCUAAUUACCAUGAGGGACCCCCAGAGUGUUCUACAAAAAGAAAGAUUUCUGACGAAAGGAUUGAGGUGGUGUCAUGAAGGGGAAGUCACGGAAGGCUGGAUUCUGAAGGACCAGGCCAUUGCAGAGGGAUUGGAAAGGCCCAGUCACCUCAAGCCACUGGCUCCACACUCCUGUGACUUCUUCUUCCUGUCGUUCCCCUCCAUUCCUCUCCAGAACCAAGAACCACUCACCUUUGUGACAUCACUUCUACUGCUAAGCAACAGACCUGGGGCUCUCUUCACCCCCAUGAGCCCUGGGAGAAAGUUGGACCAAGGUGCUCCAAGAAGGAGGCUUUGCUGCAGAGGGAAGGAGAGAAGGAGGUGGAAAACAUGCUGCGGGUUGUCGUGGAGUCAGCCAAGAUUAGCCCACCCUUAAGCCCCCCACCCAGACCCUGCGUGUCCAUCUACUUCCAAGAUGUCAAGAGGAGAACUAGUGAAGUGGAAGGGAAUAACCCCACAUGGAAUGAGACGCUAAUCUGGCACCUCUGGGACUGCUCCUUGCCAAAUGACUCUUGUCUGCAAAUCAUCCUUCGGGACAUGGGCGCAAUAAAGAAAGAAAGGUUCAUUGGCCUGGCUACAGUACUGCUCCAGCCCUUGGUGCAAAAACCAAGCAACGUCCUUUUUGUGAAGGACCUGACCCUGCUUAACCAUGCCAUGAUGUCCACAGAUUGCACUGUCACUCUACAGGUGGCCCUUAUGGGAAACCAGGAUAUUGAGAAGAUAGGCGAUGGCGACCUUCUGGGCAUAAGUGCACGAGAAGUGGCUAUGCAGAAACUGAUGGUCCCCAGCUCCACCAUGUCUAAGCCUCUGUCUUCAAAGCCUCAGCACUUUCAGGUCCGAGUGAAGGUGUAUGAAGCCCGACAGCUCAUGGGCAGCAACAUCAAGCCGGUGGUCAAGGUGGUCAUUGGAGGCUACCAGCACAAAACACGGAUCAAGAUGGGAAACAAUGCUUUCUUCAAUGAGAUCUUCUUCCAGAAUUUUCAUGAAGUGCCUGCAAAGUUCUUUGACGAGACCAUCUUAAUCCAGGUGAUGAAUUCCACACUAAUGAGAUUCAACGCAGAGAUCGGGAGAUUCCAAACAGAUAUUGGUUUUAUCUACCGUUCUGCAGGUCACACACUCCUGAGGAAAUGGUUAGGCCUCUGCCAGCCAAAUGAACCCAGCAAUGGUGUGAGAGGCUACCUGAAAGUCACGAUUUGUGUCCUCAGUGUGGGAGACCAGGCUCCGGUCUGGUUUCUACAGGUAGAUCAAAAGCUGCCCUAUGGGACUGAUGACACCAGCACUCAGAUCUUCAAGUCGACGGUGGUCCCGGUCAACUUGGCCUACUUACAUUUCUUCAUCUACUGCGCGGAGGACCUUCAUCACAAGAAACAGCACUUAGUGAGUCCUGUGUUGGAGGUGGAACUAAUUGGGGAAAAGCUCAAGACAAAUGUGCUGACCCAAACCGAGAACCCAAUAUGGAACCAGAUCCUGACCUUCCGGAUUCAGCUGCCCUGUCUCUCCAGCUACAUCAAGUUCAGAGUCUUGGACUGCCCCAAGAACAGGUGCCAGGAUGAGAUAGGGACUGUCAGUCUGUUCCUCAACCAAAUCUCAUCCACCGGAGCAGAAAUAGAAGGAAUGUAUUCUGGCUUCCUACCCUGUUUUGGCCCCAGCUUCCUGACUCUUCAUGGGGGUAAAAAGGCCCCUUUCAGGAUCCAGGAAGAAGACAUUAAUAUUCCCAAUGCUGUUAAGGACGGCUUAGCUUAUCGAGGCCGGAUCUUCCUGGAGUUAUUCACCAACCUCAGUCCUCAUCAAGACGUUAAGAAGGAUCUCUCCUCUGAAGUAACCAAUAUAGAGAAGCACCACAACCGCCAAAAGUAUGGGCUGUGCGUCAUCUUCCUUUCCUGUACCAUGAUGCCCAACUUUAAGGACCUGAUCCAAUUCGAGGUCAGCAUUGGCCACUAUGGGAACAAGACAGACCUGAGUUACAAGCCUCUCGUCUCAACCACACAGUACAGCCCAGUGAUAUAUGAUGGAAACAUCUACCAUUAUGUGCCCUGGUACAACACCAAGCCGGUGGUGGCCGUGACCUCCUACUGGGAGGACGUCAGCUCCCGCAUGAACUGCCUCAACCUCCUUCACUUCAUUCGGGACCGCCUGAAAGCCAAUCUGGACACCCUGAAGUCCAUACGGAAUCCGAGGGACCCCGCUCUGCUCCCCCAGUGGAAGAAGCUGCUGAGAGAACUGGUGGAGGAUUGCAAGCACCCUCUGCCCUGCAUGACCCAUCAGCACAGAGCCACCGAGCUGGACAAGAAGAGGUGGCAGCUCCGCAGCCUCCUCCUGCAGGAACUGGCCCAAAAGGCCAAGGAAGCCAAGCCCAGGAACAUGGUGGCCACUGUGGAGAACUGGCUGUACCGCCUCAAUGCCAUGCUCCCUGAGCCCCAGGUGAGCCUCCCAGAUGUGAUGAUCUGGCUGAUGUCCAAGGGGCAGCGAGUGGCCUAUGCACAGGUGCCUGCCCAUAGCAUCCUGUUCUCCCCGACAGGGGUUCUGCACUCUGGCAGGUUCUGUGGGAAGACACAGACCCUCUUCUUGCAGUACCCAGAGGGUGAAGGACAGAAGGACACGCUCCCAGCCCACCUCCGGGUCUGCAUGUGGCUCGGCAACAUCACAGACAGCAAGGAUCUGCAGCUGCUCCGCCAGGGCGAAGUUGUCGUGUACGCGGAGACGUACGAGAACCAGGCCAAGUAUAAAGAUCAGUGGGGACAGCAGGGGCUGUACCACUGCCCCAACUUCUCGGACGUCAUGGGGCACAAGGCCCUUCCCAAGGAGGAUUUCAAGGCACCCCACGGAUGGCACUGGAAGGGGCAGUGGACAGUGGAGCCUCAGAGGAGACUCCUUCUGGACAUACACAUCAACAAGAGCCAAGUGCUGGAGGAAGUAUAUGAGAACCAGUGUCGCGACACCACGGGGGCCUGGGUGCCAGCAACCAUCCCCAACACGGACAUGAAUGGAGAGCCCGUGGAGUCCCGGGAGAAUAUGAAGUGUCCCCAAGGCUGGCACAUUAAGGAGAACUGGGAUGUGGAGCUGAACCACGCAGUGGACAAUGAGGGCUGGGAGUACGGAGUGGGGAUCGAGCCGUUGGGCCUGCCCCAGGUCUGGAACUCGGUGGAGAAGACCUACUACACAUGCCGCCGGCGGCGCUGGGUGCGUUUGUGCUGUCGGAACCACGGGAAGCUGGGCCUGGAGCAGGAGACCCUAUCCUUCCUACAGCUGGUGAGGGGGCCGCCUGGGCAGGGUCCCCCCACCCUGUGCCAUGGCAGGGGUGGUGACAUUCUGCUCCCCUCCCUGCAGCACCACCCCAGCGCAGCCAAGGAGGAGGGGGGCUGGGAAUACGGCACCUUCGGCUCCAAGUUCCACCUGACUCCUCAGCCCCAGAGCCGGUUCCGCCGCCGCUGCUGGCACCGCAGGCUGGUCCCAAACAAGGACAAGGGCAUCGCACCCAUUUUCCUGCUGGAGGGAUCGUUGGUUAUGGAUAUGCAAGAGCAGGCUAAGAACGAAGAGAACAGGAUGCUGUCACAGGGUCUGAACAAAUCAUUCAUGAGCUUCUGGAAGACUGCCCCACAGGACACCCAUCCACUUGACCUACCCUUCAUCUACUGCGUCUUCAACAAGCCCCACUACUACCAGCUUUUCUGCUACAUCUACCAGGCCUGGAACCGAAUGUCCAACCAGAUCCAGACAUUCCAGGGGCCCUUCAUUCGGUUGGUCUUCUUGAACCAUAGCCAGUGCACCCAAACCCUGAGGGGCUCUGCAGCCCCCACAUGGGCCCAGACGCUCAUUUUCCAGCACCUCCUUCUGUAUGAGAACCCCCAGGACACCGAAACAAGCCCACCACUCGUGGUGUUGGAACUGUGGCAGCAGGACUCUCAGGGAAAGGAGAGCUUGUGGGGCCGGAGCAUGUGGUCUCCAGUAGUCUGGCUGGAUGCCCAAAAACGGAUCCUGCCCCCGCUGAGGUGGCACCCCCUUGUAAAAUUGCUAGGGGAGGAAGAGGGUGAGAUCCUGGCAUCCUGUGAGCUGAUCCUCGAGACUGAGAGUCUCAAAGAGAGGCCGCCCAUCUUAAGUGUUCCCUGGAAGAAUGGGAUCUACACACUCCCCAAGAGCAUCCAGCCCACACUAAAGAAAAUGGCUAUCGAGAUCCUGAUCUGGGGCCUUCGGAACAUGAAGCAGGUGCGCUCCCCCCAGCUCCUGGUAGAAUGCUGGGAAGAGUCCCUGCAGACACAGCCCAUCAAGGACUUCCAGACCAACCCCAACUUCACCCAGUCAGUCCUCUUCCUCACAGUGUUCAUGCCUAUGGAGGAGGUCUACGCGCCACCCCUCACAUUGAAGGUGGUGGACAGUCAGGACUUCGGCCAGCAGACUGUGGUGGGUCAGGCCAACAUCAACUCCCUACAGCCCUACUUCUGCGACCCCUGGGCUGAGGACUACGUGCCUCCACAGCUUCCAAUGCUGUCUAUGAACAAGUACCAGAAGGUCCUAGAUUACCUCUAUGAAAAGUUCUGGUUCGAGUCCAGCAAAGCUGAGGACGAAUACGAGCAUGAAGUGGACUGGUGGAACAAGCUGUUCUGGGCCACAGGAGAUGCCAAGUCCUUGCAGUACAAGCACAAAGACUACCACACCCUGAAGGUGUAUGACUGCGAGCUGGAGGCUGUGCCCACCUUCGAAGGCCUGCAGGACUUCUGCCAGACCUUUAAACUCUACCAGGAAGAGCCCAAGUUGGACAGCCCUGUGGUAGGGGAGUUCAAGGGCCUUUUCCGCGUCUACCCCUUUCCUGAGGAUCCAGAAGCCCCCAAGCCCCCUCGCCAGUUCACAGUUUGGCGUGAGAAAGAGGACUUCCCUCAGGAGUGCUUGGUGCGAGUGUACAUAGUCCGAGCAAUCAACCUGCAGCCCCAAGAUGCCAACGGCCUGUGUGACCCUUAUGUGAUCCUGAAACUGGGACAGACAAAGAUUGGCAACCGGCACAAGUACCAGCCCAACACUGUGGAUCCCAUCUUUGGCAUGAUGUUUGAACUCAGCUGUACCAUCCCCCUGGAGAAAGACCUGGAGAUCCAGCUAUAUGACUUUGACCUGUUUUCACCUGAUGAUAAGAUUGGAACCACAGUCAUUGACCUUGAAAACCGACUCUUGUCUGGCUUUGGAGCCCGUUGUGGGCUCUCCAAAUCCUACUGCCAGUCAGGGCCCUUUAGGUGGCGGGAUCAAAUGCACCCAAGCUUCCUCUUGGAACGCCAUGCCAAACAGAAAGGGCUGCCUCCGCCUCUGUUCAAUCCUGAGGAGGACUCUGUUUUUUACAAUGGGAAACAAUUCAGACUGCAAAGCUUUGAGCCCAAGCCCCCUACUGUUCGUUAUUUGGGACCUAAGAAAGAACGCCUUGCACUGUACCUCCUGCACACCCAGGGGCUGGUCCCUGAGCAUGUGGAGACCCGCACACUAUACAGCGACAGCCAGCCAGGCAUCGACCAGGGAAAGGUGCAAAUGUGGGUGGACAUCUUUCCCAAGAAGCUUGGGCCUCCUGGCCCCCCAGUCAACAUCCAGCCCAGAAAGCCUAAGAGGUAUGAGCUGCGCUGCAUCAUUUGGAAAACUGCCCAAAUGGACCUGGGGAAAAGUCUAUCUGGCGAGAUAAGCGACAUCUAUGUCAAAGGGUGGCUAUUCGGGCUAGAGAAGGACAUGCAGAAGACAGAUAUCCACUACUACUCCCUCACUGGGAAGAGCGACUUCAACUGGCGGUUCAUCUUCACCAUGGACUACCUCGCAGCUGAGCAUAUGUGUGUCCAGAGCCAGAAGGACUACAUAUGGAGCCUGGACCCCACAGUGAUGAAGUUCCCAGCCCGGCUCAUCAUCCAGAUCUGGGACAACGACAUCUUCUCCGCUGAUGACUUCCUAGGGGUCCUGGAGCUGGAUUUAUCUGACAUGCCUCUACCAGCCCGGCACGCCAAUAUGUGCUCCAUCAGGAUGAUGGAUACAGAUUCCAAGUGGCCUUACUUCCUCCAGUAUAAGCACGUCUCCCUCUUCAAGAAGAAGACUGUAACGGGCUGGUGGCCUUGCCAGGUCCUCGAUGGUGGCAAAUGGCGCUUGUCGGGUAAAGUGAAGAUGACGCUGGAGAUUCUGUCAGAGAAGGAAGCCCUAAUCAAGCCAGCAGGGCGAGGCCACUCAGAACCCAACCAGUACCCUACACUUCAUCCUCCCCUACGACCCAACACCUCGUUCUUGUUUCGGAUACCUGUUACAACCUUGUGUCACGUUUUCUGGAAACGCUACCACUUUAAAAUCAUAGCCGCUGCAAUCAUAUUUAUUAUAGCACUUCUGCUGUUCAACUUUAUCUAUUCAGCCCCGCAUUACUUGGCCAUGAACUGGAUCAAACCUGGACUUCGGCUAAGUGCUCCCCUUAAAAUAUAUAGCAAUGUCAUCAAUCCACCAAACACCCGCAUUGCCAACCCUUCUGUCCUCACGGGCCAGCAUCUGAACCUAAAUCCUGCAGCAGACCAUGAGCUGAAAUUCCUCCAGGGACCUAUGAAUCACCUGCAAGACAUUUUUCCAGAACUUCCAGCCCUGCAAGACUAAUUGGCCCAGGUCUGCUUGGCUUUUCUCCUGCCCAAGCCUUACCCUUGGGCUUCCUACCAAUCUCUCAUUUCUAUCUUCUAGGACAUAUGCAAGGGGCUAAGGAUAUUCUGGCCAUUCUGUUCAGAAACCACUUCCAACAAGGACAGAGUUGUCAUUUUCCCACUGAAGUAAACAAGUUUUGUCACA